AUGGCCAUUUCAUCCUCCGUCCGCAAUAUUGUCCUCACUGGCCUUCUCGGAGCCACCGCAGUUCUGGCAGGUGGAAGUGCACAGGUGAACUAUUACACUGACGCCGGCUGCACUCAGUACCAAUGGAGCGAUGCAUUCUCCCUUGGCUCCUACGCCGGACCGGGAUACUCCUACUCCUAUCAACUUGAGGGCACACAGUCGGCCAACGUCGCCAACUGCAACGACUGGACCUGGUGCGUCUGCACCUUUUACGACACGAACGGCAACACGCUCGGUGAAGCCCAGAAUGCCGGGUCCAACUGUGUACAUGGCGACGUAGCGUCAUUCUACUGCUAUGGUAGAAAUGCUUCUUAA